CACACGUCUCACAAGUUUUUGAGAGAGAAAGAUAGAAAGUGGCAAAAACCAAGGGCGUAGCCUAUAAAUCGCUUGAAAUUUUGGAACCACAACCAUACGAGAAUGGCAGCGUGGGACCUGUCCAUCAUUGUAAAGGAACUGGGACCGGAGGCCCCACCUCUUAAAAUCAGUGUCACCUCAGAUCUGCAUAUUGGUGGAGUCAUCCUCAAAGUUGUGGAAAAGUCACAAAUAAAGAAGGAUUGGUCCGAUCAUGCUCUAUGGUGGGAACAGAAACAACAGUGGUUGUUGAAGCCGUCCUGGACGCUGGAUAAAUGUGGGAUUCAUGCAGAUGCCCGACUCUGCCUCACGCCCCAGCACAAGCCUCUGCGGUUGGGUUUGCCCAAUGGCACAACGCUCCGGCUAAGAGCCUGCUUCUCCAACCCUGUGUUCCGUACUGUCAUAGGCAUCUGCAAACUCCUGAACAUUCGCCAUCCAGAGGAACUAUCUCUCCUGUGGCCAGUGGAAGCGAAGAAGAAAAAGAAAGAUAAAGAUGCUGAGGAAGAGAUGUAUGACAUCACAUGCGCACCACUUCCUUCAAGCACAAUCCUAAAGCUUGCCAAUGGCAUGCCUGCUUUUUUUGCUGAGUCACCUGAAACUGAGGCUGUGUACAAGACGCUGUCCGUCAGUCAGCCUGCACCAGCACCAGAAACCAUUACUAAGAUGUACCGCUCGACAAAUAUAGUGGAGAAAGCACAAGUUAACAGCAGGUGGUUGGACUCAUCCCGUUCACUCCUACAACAGGGGAUUAAAGAUAAUGAUAAACUCCUUCUGCGUUUCAAAUACUACAUAUUUCAUGAUGUCAUACCACAGAGUGACGCUGUGCGUCUGACGCAGCUGUACGAGCAAGCUAGAUGGGCCAUUCUGCUGGAGGAGAUUGAAUGCACAGAGGAGGAGAUGAUGGUCUUUGCUGCUUUACAGUACCACAUUGGGAAAGUGUCACUGACGGAGCAGUUUGUGGCGUCGUGUACUGCUAUGGAAGAUCUAGAUUCGGCUCUUCAGUGUCUGGAGGUGAAGAUCGAAGGAGAGAACAGUGCUGAUGACAUGUUGGAAACAAUGGCAGCACCAGAACUACAUGACUACCUGAAAAUAUUUAGGCCGAAGAGGCUGACCCUGAAAGGAUAUAAGCAAUUCUGGUUUACGUUCAAGGAUACAACCAUCUCCUACUACAAGAGUAAAGAGGAGAGCUGUAAAGAGCCAAUUCAACAGAUGAACCUUAAAGGUUGUGAGGUGGCCCCUGAUGUGAGUGUUGCCGGGCAGAAGUUUUGUAUCAGGCUCCUGAUCCCGGGGCCAGAGGGCAUGAAUGAAGUCUACCUGCGCUGUGAGAAGGAACAGCAGUACAGUCGAUGGAUGGCAGCAUGUCGUUUGGCCUCGGAAGGCAAGACUUUAGCAGACAGCUCGUUCUCCAGUGAGGUGCAGAGUAUCCAGUCUUUCCUGGCCAUGCAGAAUACCACACCUAGUAAUAACACAGCUCAGACUGAUGACAGCAUCAAUACACACAGUCUGGUCUCUCCACGAUACCAGAAGAAGUACAAACCCAAGCAGCUCACGCCGAGGAUCCUGGAAGCCUAUCAGAAAGUAGCACAGCUCUCAUUAACAGAUGCUGUUCAGAGGUUUCUUCAGAUCUGGCAAGCGCUGCCUGAAUUUGGGCUCUCUUAUAUUGUGGUCAGGUUUAAGGGUUGCCGUAAGGAUGAGGUGCUUGGCAUCGCCAAUAAUCGUUUAAUCCGAAUUGACCUGAGUGUGGGAGACAUAGUGAAAACUUGGAGAUAUAACACCAUGAGGCAAUGGAAUGUCAACUGGGACAUCAAACAGGUUGCCAUUGAGUUUGAUGGGAACGUGAACAUCGCCUUUAGCUGUGUGACAGCAGAUUGUAAGAUUACCCACGAGUACAUCGGCGGCUACAUCUUCAUGUCCACAAGGAGUCGAAACAAGAGUGACACCCUGAAUGAAGAGCUGUUCCACAAACUGACCGGCGGCCAUGAAGCUUUAUGAGAAGAAAGAAAGUCUGUGCACGUACAGACUGCCUGCAUUUAUUGAAUGAGAUCUUCCAACGACAUUCGAGAAAUA